CUGAGACAUCAUGGGCCUGAUCAGCUGAAUUUGACCUGUAGCCAGAAGUUCCCCAUCCCUGCUUUAAAGAAAUAAAAUAUAUUUGUUGCAAAGCACAGAAUAUUAAAUGUACCCAAAGAUGAAAAGGAAAGUGACCAAAGCUGGGGGACUUAGACUUAGUCCUAAUGAAGAAGCCCAACUAUUGAAAGAAGAAUAUGAAAGGAGAAGAAAAUUAAGGCUGCAGCAGGUUAGGGAACAGGAGAGGAAUAUUGCUUUGCAGAUAAGACAAGAUGUUAAGCAGCGAAGAGAUGAGCACCUGCAUCAGUUGGCAGAAGAAUUGAAGGCAGAGUGGCGGAAAGCACAAGAUGAGAAGAUAAAAGCCUUGGAAAAGCUUUACUGGUCAAGCUUAAGAACAAUAGGAGAAGGGCAUAGACAGGCAAAGGAAAAUGAGCCUGAUUUGGAGGCACUGGCAAAGCAGGCAGAGAAAAGGAAACAAAGAGCAGAGAAGAGGCAUAAGGAAGCGCUGAAGGAACAGAAGAAUCAAAAGGAGAAGUUGCUGAGGGAGCAAACACGGAGAGCAAAUGCACGGAAGCAUGCCUUCGAUGUAGAAAAAGAGAGAGCUGCUAAAAUUGCAAGCCUGCCUCCACCUCCUCCCCACCCCUUUGAAAAUAUUGAGCUGAAGACUGUCCCUACAGUGAAAGUGUGUGACGUUGACACUUUCUCGGUUACUCGCCAUCAUCACUUUGACCCAUAUUUGGAUAGAGAAAUAGACACAGAACAGCCAGAUGCUCGGUUGCUUGCUGAGGAGGAAGCCAAACGGAAGGAAGAAUUACAAAAAGAAGAAGAAAGAGAAAGAAGGGAGCAGGCGGAAAAAGCUCGUCUGAGAGGGAAGCAUGCCUUGAAGAAGGUUCUUCUGGCACGAGACAGGGAAAAGCUAAUGAAAGAGCUUGAACAGAUGCAGAAUAUGGACCUUGCUCGCAGAAGACAGAUCGUUGCCCAGAUGCCUCCUCAGCUGUUUGAACCAGCCUACAGGCGUGUGGAACUCAAGGAAGAAUGGCAGAGGGAGCUGGAGUGUGCCUUUGAAGACAUGUAUACUGGAGACAGGAAAAUGAAGGGAGACCUUAUUUUGCACCUCGAUCCACAGCCCUUGCCGACCUUCUCUGAUCAGUCUCAAGAUGAUGAGCUGGAGCUCUCUCAGGAGCCAGGUUCUGUUUCUGAGGUGCCACCAAGACUGGGGGAUGAGGUGAAAGACAGUGAGCUGGGUGGUAGUGAAGUAGAAAAGGCACCUCAGCCUCAACCAAAAUUAGCUCUUAAAAAAUUGCUAAACAAGAUCAGGAACCAAAAAGACCAGUGGACAUCAAAAUGUGAACCAGAGGUUCCAAGUGAAUUUGGGACAAUUGAGUCAGGAAUAAUUUCUAGUGGAGAGAGAAGAUUGUGUGAAUCAGAACCUGAAUAUGAAACUCAGUCUGGUCCUGUUCCUGAAGCCAAAGAGUUUCCAGAAAUAUUGGACCUAACUGUUGUUGCUGGAAAUGCAGUUCUAAAUCCACAAGAAGGAGCAACUAAAAUGAGAAUGGAAGCUGAAAGACAAAACCAGAUUGAAUGGCUGGAGCGCCAAAAGCAGCAGCAGUUGGCAUUGCUUCAGCAAAUUGAAGAGCAGAAAAUACGUCUGGAGGUUGAUCUUCUGAAGGCUCAAAUACAGCAUCAGGAGCAGGAAGUUAAGAGAGAGCAAGAGAAGAAAGAUCAAGAAUCCCAAACAGAACAGAUGAAUGUUGUCCCUGUUGUACACCAUCAUCAGACAGUAGAACCAAAGUCUGAUACUCCCAUUGGAACACAGGCAGCCAGCAGUUCUAAAGAGGAUGACCAUGUACAGAUGAUUCGUGAAUAUCAGCAGCAUCUUCUAAUGCAAAACAGGAUGCACAGAGACUCAGUUGAAGAAGCCAGAAAACAUUUACUUGAGUAUCAGAACAAGCUGAAACAAAGAUACCAAUCAGUUUCUACAGCAUUAUUAGGACCUGCUGAGAGACACGUGCAUCUACAUUCUAUUCCUGAACCUUCAUUGCAGUUACAAAGGUUUGAUAUGUUGCAGAGACUUAAUCAGCCAUCUAAGAAGGCUCCUGUACAAGAGCCAGCUGAGUAUUCAAAACUGCCAUUGGAGCAGAAAAACAAAGAGCGAAGGCCUGAUGUUGACAGUGGGGAACAGGCUCAGUCUGUGGGUACCCAGGUGAAUCAAAGGCCUUUUCAGUUGAAACAGAAUUCCUGUUCACAUCCAGAGAAGGAAAAACUGAGUGCAGCAGGGACUUCUGCAACGCCAUCAUUGGAAUUUUACAAGAUUCCAGGACCACCAACGCUCAAGCCGAGGGAUACUUCUGUUACAACUCAACCCGUGACACACACGCAGCAUGUCCAAUUUGCUUUCCCUGCAGACAAUUCUACUGAGCCUUCACAAACAAUCUGCUCUGAUAAAUUGGUGCCUCAUACACCUCUGGUAGAACAGAGCCUUCUCCCAACACCCUUAAAGCAUCAACAUGUACCCACUGAGAGUAGGCUAAGAACAACUGAUCCUUUGCAGUCUGUCUUUUCCUUGCCUUCCCCAGUAGCAAGUGAGGCUGGGAGGACCCAGGAACCCUUUCCAUUAAAAAAUAGAAGUGGAUCCUUCUCUGGUUGUUCUGAUAUAGUGGAAUUAAGGGAUAGAAUGCUGGCUUCCUCUGAGAACAUCCAAGCUCAGCAAGAGCACUUGAAAGAACUGCAGGAGCAGCUAGACGAGCAACGGGAAGCUCUCCUUUCUCGGCAGAGGAUACAAGAGGACCUGCUUAUGCAGAAGCAUGCUCAGUUGAAACGGCAAAUGGAGCAGCAGCAAGAAGCUUUAAAAGAGUUUCUUAAACAGGCAGGACAAUCCAGCACGCGCAGGGAGAUGCCACAGGUGCAAGAAACUAACAGCCUCAGUCUGUUGGCUCUGCUUUCUGAAGAAGCAAAAGACGGCAGCCGAGAAGAGGUUCACGCUGGUGAUGUGAACGUCCGUACUGAGAAUAAAGUUCUGUUUCAAAACGUUGGUUCAGCUGAACACAUUGAGCCAUUUCAAAACACGUGGGGAAGAGAACAGAAAUGGAGACUUUCAAAACCACCUUUGGCAAAAGUAAAACUAGGACUUGAUUUGGAACAGCAUGAACUUAGUAUUAUACCUGAGCUUGACACACCAAGGAGUGGCAGACUUUCCACGACAGGUUACAGAGAAUCUUUUACUGGAGAGGUUUUCCUCCCUUCCAGUGUUGAUAAAUGGCAGUCUAGCAAAAGCCCAAAUGAAUCUCUCCAUGAAGAAACAGAUAUAUUAAGAAUUACAGCUGAUGGCGAAGAACAUAGUUCUAGUGAAAACCAGGACCAGUUACAUGGAUCAUGGCACGAUUCGAAACUUGGAGGUUUCCGUGACUCAGUCCACUACAGAGAACUUAUUCUUACGGAUCAAGGUUUACCCAGUUAUGCUGCUGAUAUUGGAAACAGAGUAGCUACAUAUCCUGACCCUUCAUUUAAACCAAAUAGUACGGUCGCACUUCCUGCAGCCUGGCCCCCUGGUUCAUUAAGUCCACAGACGGAUUCGAAACAGGUAGCCUGUGGCUAUUUCUCUUCAUCUGCUCUGUCUGCUGUCAGAUUUAUAAGCAAUGACAGCCCAGACAGAAAUCUUGCCAGUACAGAGCCGUCUUCAACCAAACAUUUUAGUUCCCCCAUGAAGGAGAAUGCAAACGCUUCUUGGGAUCCUUCAGUCUCUCUACUUCACAAUCAGGAUGAUACUGCAGAAACUCCUGAUUCACAUCUAUCUUUUGGAGAAACAGUGCACUUGAAUGGAAGCAAAAUUCAGCAAAUCAUAGACAAAUAUACAAGAGAUUUCAGCUGGUCAUCGCUAAGCAACAUAUCUUCCCAUGAUCCAGCAGUUGGACUUGAUGUUGCAGAGAUUGAGAGAACUUUUCCAAAUUUCCACCGUGAGCUUUUUCAGCCUUUAGAACCAAGUCCUGACUUUGAUAGCUGCUCACAUCUUUCUCUGUGUAGAGUCUCUUACAACAGCAAGGACCUGAGCAAGAGUUUGGAUUUAUCUGAAAGUCAUGAAUCCACAGCUUCCAGUUUGGAAGAAAGAAGCAACCUCCUUUCAUUUCUUAGUACAGGAAAACUAAGCAAUAUUCUGCCUACAGAACAGGCUGGUGAGGAGAUAAAAGAGCAACUGCAAGCAGGUGCUGAAGAAUUUUUUGAACAUCUUCCUGUGGAAUCUGCCUUAAGCAAACUUAGACAGGGUGUUGAUAAACCUGGAGCCUUUAGCAGUCUGUCUGAACAAAACUUUGAAAUAAGUUCAUCUAUUGAGAAAUGUACGUAUAUUUCACCUGGGAGUGCACAAUGUGAGGAACUGGAAGGUGAUGAGAAUGUCAGUCUCUACUCUUCUGUUGAAAACUUUCGUAGUUUGACUCCAGUAGAUGAUCACGGCUCACUUUAUCAGCUGAUUCCAGAUGAUGGUACAAUGAAAAAUGCUGUUGGGAGGACAGAGGACAUGAAAGAGGACAUGUGGUCAAGAGAGGAGAACCUGUGCUUCGUUGAACUACCUACUGCAUCAACCAACAGGGAGCAUGAUAUGCUUACUGAAAAUGCAAUAAUGCAUGGGGAUGUAGAAAUUGAUCUCUCUCAGUGUACUUUACAUACUGUGGGAGAAGAAAGUUCUCUAAGAUCGGAGAUAAUGUGGAGUUUGCCUCAUAAAAUAAAUUCCAAAAUCUCAAUCAAUCCUGAACAAAAUUAUGUACAGCAAAGUGUUUGUGAGCUAGAUAAGGAUCAACAAUCAAAUCCGAACGCCACCCAAGCAAAAAGCUCAGUUUCCUGUUUGUCCCAAAGCAACAGACCAGUCUGGGAAGCACUUACAGGGAGAGGCAUUAUGGAAGAACCUGAAUUGACUCUAAUAAGUUCCAAUGACAUCAGCACUGCAGAAUCAGACCUUGAACUCCUUAACCAAGCAGAUGGUGGAAAGGAAAAAAGUGAAAACCUGUCAUAUAUUGAUAAUUCUGAAGUUAAAAGCUGUCCCAAGAGCAGAGGAUUUUUACCUUUAAAUCCAGAAGUGGACGACUCCAUUUCCACUCAACUUGACUAUCCAUGUAUAGAUCAAAGCCUCAAAGAGAAGUGGAAUAAGAAAACCAAACCAGCAGCAGUGUCACCAGAGCUCACAUCUGUCCCUGGGAGCCUGCAAGAAUCAUUUUUGAAGCGGAAGAAAGAUUUCAUUGAGAGAUCCUCUAAAAGGCUGGAAAGACUCAAAAGUAAAGAGCGAAGUUCAGAAAAGCUACAGGCUAAGACAUCUCAACAGAAGAAAACACAACUUCAUAAACCAAAAGAGAACUUGCUGCCUCCUGGUGCAGCUGUUAGUCAUUUGAAGAAACUGGAAGAAAUAAAAGUGUGCUCUGCGGAGGACAGGAAGUCGGUAGAAAUACAAAUGCACCAGCGCACUUCACGAUUGUAUAAUAAUCUACCUGAAGUGAAAAACAGAAAGGAAGAGAGAGAAAGACAAGAAAAUUAUGCCAAAAACCGGGAAAAAGCAAAGGAAUUUCAAAAGAAAACAUUGGAAAAACUACGGGCCAGAAAAGUCAACAUAAAAAAGGCGUGUUGAUUAAGCAUCUUACAGAUGGAAGAAACCUCUUCAGUGUAAAAUCAAAUCCAUGCUUGAGGCCACUUUUGUAAAUAUUUGAAAUGAUGUAACAGACUUUGAUAUAGUUUACAUUCAAUUUGGAUGUUUUUCCAGAAUAUCCAAAGCUGUAAAGACUGACUUGGCUGUGGUUUUCCACUUCAAUUAUGGUUUUUUAAAAGAAAUCUCACAAUUUAAUUACAGCUUUUGUAUCGCUAUUGUGUUUAUUUAUAAUAAAAUGGAUUUAAAUUUUA